CUUUGGUUGGUUUCAACGUGCAAUCCUCCUCCACCAUCAAUAUGAAGAUCCAGUCUAUGAUUUCCUCCGGCCACCCUCAUCCUCCAACAUCUCCUCCUUUUCCUUCUCCGAUUUCAACACCACCGAGUCUACAUUUUCGAUUUUUCAUUAUAGGAGCACAACAUUGGGUUGCCGUUGCCGUAAAUGUAGAAAAUCGCGCCAGUUUUGUGUUCAUUAAGGACUUCAGGAUCGACAACAAUGACUCUACAAUUUAGGAGAUCAGGAUCGCUUUCGAGAAUCUUGAAGACCACCUUGAUCUUUUUCAUGUAUAUGUGAUGGCUGGUCCAGGAAAAAUGAAGAUUGAAACAAAUAAUCAAGAGAUAUGUCAAGAGUUGGAAGUACCAUUUUUAGCAAUUAAGAGAUUAUGUGGUGGUUAUUACAUUAGUGUCUUUUUUGUGAUUUGAGUUCUUAAUAGACUGCUUAAUACCUAUCAUUUAGUAUAUUACUUUUACAUUUAAUUACAUGGCUUAUUAUUCUUCUAGGAGGUUUUGGCAUAAUUUUCAAUAUACUGAAGUAGAUAAC